GUCGACUUUGAAAAGUUGUUGAUAUCUUUUUUCCUAUCUUUCAUCUUCUAAUCAUCCAUACUUUAUCAGCUACCGGUUCCUACUCGUGAUAUUUUCUGCAUUCUCUGUAUUUGAAUGAACUGCUGAUUGGUUCGAUAUUACAGUGACCAUUUGAGAAUCUUGACUGGCUAUUUUUGGAAAACAACUGUUCAAAAUGCAAAGAAAUACUAUAACUGUUAUUGUUUUUCUAUUUUUUAUUUUGUUAAAUGUUGAAAUCGAGAGCCGACCCAACAAUCUAUUGGAUGCUUAUUUCAAGCAUCGAGCAGCUCAUAAUUCAAUAAAUAACUAUAAUCAUUUGCUGAAAACAAGCGGAAGAAAUCAUGUGGAUCUUGAUUAUGAUGAUACAAUUGAUGCAAGAGAACCUGGAAGUUUCGUGAAACUUCGUGAAUCAAAAGCAUGGCUUGGUCUUACUGAACCCGUCUCUCCACAUAGAGAUGAAAUGAGAGCGUCUUCAAUGAUACAGCAUCUCCAUGGCUACAGUAAGAGGCUAGCUGGACAUAUUGCUCGAGCUGCUGUAUAACUUUCUAAAGCAUUUAUUACUUACAAUUUCAAUUGUCAUAACUUUCUGGUUUGUAUCAAUUUAUGCAAAACCCGAUUUAUUUAUUUUCAUGACAUUCUUCGCAGUAUUUGUAAAUAAUCAUUGACGAAAAUUCUUGUGAAAAUAACAAGAAUUUCAAAUUGUGUUUUAUUUAUGAACUCUAUCACAAACCAACAAUCAGAUGUAUUUAUUUUUGUGAUUUUUGCGCCGAAGAAUCUGAUGAAAAUGAAACCGAAGAAA